AUGGUAAUGCACACUGCUGCUUUUUCUCGGUACUCCUCUGCUUUCUCUAGCACAGUGCUGGGUUACUCCUUCCUAACUCUCCUAACUGUUAUCCUCCUCUGUGCUCUACCUGAAGCACACUCCUCUCUCUGUGCUGCGCUACUACGCUUCGCUCACACUCUCUCGACCAAUGCUGCCUUCUCUAACAACUCUCAGGGAGACUAAAGAACUGAAGGCUUCGGAGCCUAGCCUCUAA